UGUAACAAACCCUAAAAAAAUGCAUUCUGAAACUGAAAUAUAGGUCGGUGUACGGCAGCUCAUCUUUUUCUAUACAAUUUCCCACUGCAUUCUUCCAAUCAGGCAGCACCACGGACACAGAGAUGAAAGGCAUAUAUACAUGUAUUUGUUAUUUUAAUCUCAAUUUGCAUAAUAAAAUAAUUAUUAAGACUAAUUAAGUUUUGAGUUUGUCCAUUUGUAAUCUCUUAAACACGGCAUCUCCAUACGGCAUCUGUGCGUAUAUCUCUCUGUCUUUUGACAAUUUGUUUACAAUUACAAUAGAUACUGAGAGAAAAAUUAUAUUUAAGGAGAUUGUAUUUCGGUUAUUUCUGGAAUUAGUAGAUACAGUUUUGGGUCGUACCCUUUUGAGCAAGAGAAUGUCAGAGAAUGUUGAGCAAUGAGCAACAGGUGGUGUGGUUUGGUCAGAAGAAUCAUCAGAAGAGUGGUUAAAAUGUAUAAGCUCACUUUUCAACCUCUCUAAUCCCCCAAACCCAUAGAGCUCAGCUUGCUCCAAUUCUGUAGGUUUAAGAGAAGGGUUUUCAACCUAGCAUAAAGUGGUGAAAAUUGAUUCAUAUAGCAUGGGGAGGAACACUGGUAAAAUUGUUUCACAUGCAGGCUCUGGGGCCAUGAUGGAAGGAGAAGGUCAAUGCAAGAAAUCCCUUUUUGCUUCUAUACACAAACCACACAUAGAUGAAGGCAGACCAAGAAGUAUGGUUAUUAAGAAAGCACAUAAUAUGAUUCCUGCACACAUUGUAGCCGAGGCCAUAUCAACCCUCCACGGUGAUGGUCUAGAGCUCAGAUGGUCAGGCCCUAUUACACCAACAGAAAGGGAAUAUGUCGAACAGUACGUGUUAGCAAAGUACCCACAAUAUGCUGGCCUUGUUGAAGGAGAACAGUUUGAUCUCUCCAGUAUUUGCGUCAUCGAAGAAUCUGCCGAGACCAUGCCCGAUGACAAGAGGAAGUCACCAGGGGGUAGCUUGAAGUCACCGAGGGAGUCCUCGACACAAUUCGCCGGAAGCAACCUUCCCGACUUGGACAGGACUCAGCUGGAGCCAUCAAGGUUGCUUGAUAUCCUCACCACGAAAUGCUCCUUCCCAGGAAGUUUCAUCUCAAUCCCCGAGAUACAAGCUCGAAACAAGGUCUUGAAGCACUGCGGAUUGACCGAUGAUGAGUACCUUGUUCUCUUCACCCCAACCUACAGGGACGCCAUGGUAUUGGUGGCGGAGAGCUACCCAUUCUAUCGCGGAAACCACUACAUGACCAUUAUCGGCGAACAAGACUGCAUUAAGGAUUUUGCUGGUUACAAGGAAGCCAAAGUGAUUUUGGCACCAGAGACUUGGUUAGAUUUGAGGAUCAAAGGUUCACAACUAAGCCAGUAUUUCAGGAAGAAAAGUAAACACAAGCUCAAAGGGUUGUUCUCCUAUCCAGCUUACGUAAACGGGGUUCAUCACUCGCUACAUUGGGUUUCGGAAGCACACCGGAACUCAUGGCAUGUUCUUCUUGAUGCAACUGCACUGGUAAUCGGAAAGGAUCACUUGAAUCUCAUGCUUCACCGGCCCGACCUUGUUCUGUGCACAAUCGACAACUCUCACGGCCAGACUUCGAAGAUCACUUGCCUUUUGGUCAGGAAGAAAUCCUUUGAUACUACAGUGGCUCAAUCUCAGGUCAAUGAGUGAAGGUUGUUUGUACGCUUUACGUACGAUAUGUUAAACGGCUUUAAGCCAAAACUAAUAAGCAGUAACAAUUUUUUUUCCAACCAUGAAAAGGGGAAUACGAACACGAGCGGAUACAAUCACAAAACUAAAAUUUCAAUUGAUAAGUACAAUAAAACUGAUGACUGUUGUGAGUUUGUUCUGAAUA